CUGUUCUCGAAGAGGUCAAUGCUAACUUGAUUGGCUGGGUGCUUGAAGUGAUCAUCUCAAGACAUCGUGUCAAGGUCUCUAUCACUUGAGGCAAUUCAGGCUUUAUCACCGAGUCAACAAGCCACGUUUGAUCGCUCGCAGCAUUCAGAAGUUCCAAUUCCACAUAUUUCUCUGGUGGUAUAGCUGGAUAGAGAGAAGCAGACAUCUCUUAUCGUAUACGUUCCGGUAUGGUGGUGUGAUUUGUACGAGCCUUCGAGUCUGGACGUAUUUGCUUUUCACGAAAUUACACUCUACCCCGGGGUUCAAUAUUGGAAGCAAUAGGCACCAACAUUGAGGCACGAAGCACGGAGGAAGAAGAGGCUAAGAACCAAGCAGAAUGCUCUCACCAUUUAGAUCGCAACGUCGAGGACUUAUCCUUCCAUCUUUGGCGUUUUUGUCACAGUCGAAAUGGUUCAAGACCAUCAGAGAGGUUGAUCAGUUCCAAGAUCCUACUUAUGACCCAGAAACGUCGGCUUCUGAGCAGACAACCACUAAGGUGACGUUUCCAGAGAGGACUCCUGAUGGUAGAAUUCUCAUCUCAGACAGUGAAAGGUCACUGAUGUUUAUAAUCUCUGGAAUUCAAGCUCUGUUGCACCAUGAGAAUGGUGCAAACAUCAACAACUUUGGAGAGGUUUCUGCCUUUGAAUGUGUUUUGAGGUCUCUGAGGGAUCAGAUGCUUUCCACCAGAGAAGGCCGUCGUAUACUACGUGAAAGACCCCAGCUGACGUCGAAGGAACUGGAUGUCAAUUGGUUGAAAUCGCUUCCUCCAAAUACUUUGGGCGCACAAUACGCCAAAUUCACUGCUGAUAAUGACGACAGAGCUCCUGUUAGAUUUAUCCAGGACGAGGAGCUGAGCUACGUUUUCUUGAGAUAUCGUCAAAUGCAUGACAUUGUUCAUAUCCUGACGGGUUGUAAAGUUGACCUUGCUGGAGAGCUGCCGGUUAAGGCGUUCGAAUUUGGCAAUACAGGGUUACCAAUGACAGGGCUGGCGUGCUUUGCGUACUUCAAACUGAGCUCUAAGAGAAAGGCCAAGGUCAAUAUGAUUGACAGCUUCUUAAAUGGACUAAGUGCCACUUCUUUGAUAACUGUACCUUGGGAAAGAGUCAUGGAUAAAGACGUUGAUGAGUUGAGGGCUCAGUACGGAAUUCAUCAAUGAAACGAUCGUCUUUUUAGGUCAGUCGAUCUCGCUGAAUGUGAAGAUAUGUAUUUAUGUGACUUUCUAACAAGGUGAUGUGACUACUUCACCGUAG